AUGACGUCUAAAGACGAUGGCCUGACGUCGCUGUUGUUUAUCGGAGUUUUAGCCGUCAUCUGCACCCUGUCUGUGUUAUCCAACGUCCUCGUCAUCGUCGUGACCGCGCUGAAGAGGACCAUCAAGUCGUGCACCGACAUCUUCAUCAUCAACCUCGCUGUUAGCGACCUCCUGUUGGCCGGACUGGCGUUGCCGCUGAAGCUGAACAACGCCGCCAUGUCGUCCUACAAACACGGGUUCAGUGGCGGUAACAUAGGCUACAAGAUCGUCAUGUCUAGACCAAACCCUUCAAUAAAAGUAAUCUCAUGUUCGUCCUCCACAGGUAACAUUGGCUGCAAGAUCAUCAUGUCUGGCCCUCUCUUGACCAUCACGUGCUCGAUAACGACGAUGGUGGUGAUGUCGUUCGACCGCCACGUGGCCAUCGUGUAUCAGAAGAUCCUCACACAGAUGCAGGCCGUCUUGCUGGUGGGGCUGGUGUGGAUGAUAAGCAUGGCGAUGACCGGACCCCAGAUCUACGAGUACAGCACGUACCACAAGUUCGACGCAGACGACAACGAGACGGAGGUCGCGUGCGGCUCGCACGGGAUCGAGGAGAACUUUGAACUGAUCUACGCCUCGUGCGUGGUGGCGUUGUGCUACUUCCUGCCACUGGCACUCAUCAUCAUCAACUACGUCAGAGUCGUGGCGUUUCUGAAGAAGGUCACGCGAGAGUCGAGCAUGGGUCAGAGCGUCACGUCCGUCGUCUCCAAGGCGACCGUCAAUGUGCUGCGCAUGCUCAUAACGGUCACGGCGGUGUUCGCGCUGUUGUGGCUGCCCUUCUUUGUACUAUUCACUAUGGAGGAAAUAACGGGCACCGACGACUCUACAGCUGCGGGCGGCACAUCGAACGUUCUGAAGCAGCUGUUUGUGGCCCUCAGCACGACCUCCAACCCAGUGCUGUACUUAAUCUUCAGCAGGGAAUACCGCCACGGCCUGAUCAACAUCCUGCAGUGUAAGAACGCCGUCGUUCCGUCCAACUUCUCCAGCCAUGCUCCAGCCAGGUCCACAACUCAAGUGAGCUACAUUGAUAGAGACGAAACUGUGAAAAACUGA